AUGAAGAACUUUUUUUUUUAUUACAUUCGCCUCAGUAUUUCUAUUUCUCUCUUUCAUUCUGACAAUGAUUUCGCUUUUCACUUUCUCUCUUUUUCUUUUUUUUCUUUAAACUGUCUCAUUAUAUAUCUACCUCAUCCCUCACUUUUUCCUGCCUCCAUCUUUCUCUCUCUAGACCAGCCUCUUUUUUCUGACUUCGCCUUCCUGCUUACCUCACUGUCCAUUCCUUCAUUCAGUCCUUCUUUCAGUCCUCCCUUAUCUUCCUUCCUUCCUUUCUUCCUUCCUUCCUUCUUUCAUCUUUCGUUCAAAACUCUCUCACGUUAUUUCUCUGUCUCACUCCAUAUCCAUAUCUCUGGUCAAACCUUUUACUCCACUGUUCAGUCCCUCUUGCCUCAUAAUAGCGCCUGUCUCACUCGACACAUCUCUUACUACCUCUGUGUCUUUCUAUCUUUCUUAGUGUCUGUAAUUUUUCUCUCUCUCUCUCGUGACAUUACUCUGUAUCUCUCUACCUCUCUUUUUUGGCUUCUCUUUCUCUGUUUAACGCUCUCCUCUAAUACUAUUUGUCACCUUUUCUUACCACAUAGAAUUCUAUCUCUAUCUAUCUGCGUCCAUCUCUCUCUUUAUACCUUUCUCUGGUUUUCUAUCUAUGACAGUCUUUCAUUCUCUAUUCACUAUUCUCUAUAUCUAUUAUUCUUUCUUUUUCUUUCUAUUCGCCGCCCUCUUUGUAUACGUGGAUCCUCUCUUUCUUUCGAUCUCUCGAUUUUUUUUAUUUCCUUUUCUCCCCUUCUCUCUUCAUCUCUCUUCCCUUCUCCCUCUUCUAUAGCCAUUCUUAUCUCUUUACCUUUACUCCUCCUCUUUCUCUCUGUAUUUGUGUAUAUUAACACCACUUAUAUUCUUAUCUUUCUAUCAUCCUCUAAUGCUGCCAUUUUGUUCCCUAACUUACUCCUUCUCUUUCCCUCUCUCUCUUCUUUUAUUCAUUCGAGUUCUCUCCCCUCUUACGCUCUCUCCCCCUCUCUCUCUCUCUUUCUCUCUCCUUUUUAUCACUUCAAGUACUAUCCACUCUUUGUCGUCCACUCACGUAUUGAAUUCACAACUCUUUGGGUCAAGUCACUUUCUUGGAUUACUCAAACAACGUAUUUAUCCCUUUAUACCUCUCUCUGCCUUUCAUUUUAUUACUAUCUUUCAGACUGUAUUCACUAUUCUUUCUCUCUAUCUCUCUCUCUCCCCCUCUGUUAUCCUUCCUUGCUAUUCCGUUCAUAUCUAUCUAUCUAUCUAUUUCAGUCCGUUCAUAUCUAUCUAUCUAUCUAUUUCAGUCCGUUCAUAUCUAUCUAUCUAUCUAUCAGUCCAUUCAUAUCUAUCUAUCUAUCUAUCUAUCUAUCUAUCUAUCUAUCUAUCUAUCUAUCUAUCUAUCUAUCUAUCUAUCUAUCAGUCCAUUCAUAUCUAUCUAUCUAUCUAUCAAUCUAUCUAUCUAUCUAUCUAUCUUUCAGUCCAUUCAUAUCUAUCUAUCUAUCUAUCUAUCUAUCUAUCUCUCUCUCUAUAUAUGUAUAUGUAUAUAUAUAUUUCUGGUCCAUUCAUAUCUAUCUUUCUCUCUCCUAUAUAUAUAUAUGUAUAUAUAUAUAUAUUCCAUUCAUAUCUAUCUAUCUAUCUAUCUAUCUAUCUAUCUAUCUAUCUAUCUAUCUAUAUAUAUAUAUAUAUAUAUAUAUAUAUUUCAGUCCAUUCAUAUCUAUCUAUCUAUCUAUAUAUAUAUAUAUAUAUAUAUAUUUCAGUCCAUUCAUAUCUAUCUAUCUAUCUAUCUAUCUAUAUAUAUAUAUAUUUCAGUCCAUUCAUAUCUAUCUAUCUAUCUAUCUAUAUAUAUAUAUAUUUCAGUCCAUUCAUAUAUCUAUCUAUCUAUCUAUCUAUAUAUAUAUAUAUUUCAGUCCAUUCAUAUCUAUCUAUCUAUCUAUCUAUAUAUAUAUAUAUUUCAGUCCAUUCAUAUCUAUCUAUCUAUCUAUCUAUAUAUAUAUAUAUAUAUUUCAGUCCAUUCAUAUCUAUCUAUCUAUCUAUCUAUCUAUCUAUAUAUAUAUAUAUAUAUAUAUAUAUAUAUAUAUAUAUUUCAGUCCAUUCAUAUCUAUCUAUCUAUCUAUCUAUCUAUCUAUCUAUCUAUCUAUGUCUUCUUUCUUUCUUUCUUUCUUACUUUCUGCCUCUUUACAUCAAUAA